AUGAGAUAGACAGAAGUUGAAUAGGUCAAGAAAUUUUAAUUUUUUAAUUUAGAAAACAUUCAAGAUUAGAGAGCUAAGUAUUCAAUUAAUCAUUUAUUUUAUUUUAGUGGUGAUCCUACAGCCCCAACCUUAAAUGAUAUUGGAAUAUCUGAUGGAUGUGGAAUUGGUACCAAAUUAUUCCUCUCAUCUCAAUCCAAAAAUCUUAUAUAUGUGUAUGAAGCCAAUUCCAUUUAAGGAUUCUUCUAACCUCAUAAUGAUUCAUUUAGAAUUAUGAAAUGCACUAAGGAAAGUAGAGAUGUAAUAAUUAAUAAUUGAUUUAUUUAAUAGGGAAAGCUAGUCACAUUUGGUAUUGAUAGUGAAAACAAUUAAAAAAGUAGCUAUGUGAAAUUUUGGGAUCCAAAUACAACUGAUUAUCAAAAUAUGAGUAAAUUUAUUACAAUAAAUUAUUAGAACCUAUUAAAGUUAUCUUAGUAAAUAAAGUUGGUUAACCAUUACAAAAUUUUAAUUGCUUUUGUAUAGCUAAGGACUUAAGUGCAAUGGCAUUUGGUUUAUAAGAUGGAUAAAUAUUGAUUUUUAAAGCUAAAUCUUAAAAUCUAAUGACAAUGGAAUUUAAAGAUUAAGUCAUUUAAACUGAUUAAGAACCUAUUAAAUCUGUACAUCUAAGUAGACAUGAUCAAAAUCUUAAUUUAUUUUGUACUACUGAUUCUAAUAUCAUCUGUUUUUAGAAUAUGCAAAAUAGAAAAAAGUUCUCAAUACCAGCUGGAGCUCUAUUUGAUUUGACAGCUAAAGGAACUUUAAUAGGAUGUCCAAAGGAUGAUACAUCAACUAUAGUUGAAUAUAGUGAUACUAAAAAGGAAGCUACUUGGAAUGUAGAUGGUGAUAAAAUUGAGAUUAGAUUUUUCAAAUAAAAUUACUUAAUAAUGUUGAUUUCACCUAGAUAAGAUAAAGAAUAAGUAGAUUAAUCUGUUUAAUUAACUAUAUUUGACCUUUUAAAUAAUUAUAUUGCAUAUUAUAAGAAAUUUGAAAAGAUUUAAAGAUUUAUUCCAGUUGGUGAUUAUCUAUAUGUUAUUACACAAAACAAUAGAGGUGAGAAAAACUUAAUUAGAUUAACAGAAAAAGAGAAUACUCAUAAAAUUGAAAUCUUUUUUAAAAAUAAUUAUUUUGAUGUUAUGUAUAGAUUUGCUAGUAAUUAAUCAUCUGAUAAAACUCUAUUAGCUGAAAUAAGUAGAUUACAUGGUGAUCAUUUAUAUGAUUAACAUGAUUUUUAAGGUGCAAUAAAAUAAUAUAUCAAUACAGCAGGUAUUUUAGAACCUUCAUAUGUAAUUGGAAAGUUUUUAGAUGUUUCACAUGUUGACUUUUUAAUUUAAUAUUUAGCAGCAUUGCAUCAUGAAAAGUAAGCAGACAAAAAUCAUACAGCUUUGUUAUUGAAUUGUUAUGUAAAAUAGAAAUAAAUAACUAAACUUGAAGAAUUUCUUAAGGAAUCUAGUUUUGAUUCAGAUCUAUUUGAUAUUGAUACUGCUAUUAAAGAAUGCAGAUAAUUAGGUCAUAUAGAUUUGGCUCUUAGAUUAGCAAAAUCUAGAUAAAAAAAUGAAGCUUAUCUUAGUAUACUCAUAGAAACAAAUAAAGAUUAAAAUAAUAAAGAAUAGAAUAGAUAAGAUUGUAAGAGUGCUUUAAUGUAUAUAAAAGAUGAGAUCUAAUUGGAUGAAAAAGUAUAUAUUAUUAUAAAUUAAUUAGGCAUAAUAUUUGAAAGAGUUUGGACAAUAAUUAAUGAAGGCUGAACCAGAAUUAUGUCUUGAAAUCAUAUAAAAUUUAGUUUUGCUUAUUAGUAUGGUAUAAAAUUUGAAGAAAAGAGUAGACACACAAAAAGGGAUUGAAUCAAUUAGUAUUUUGACUCCUGAAGAAUUGAAAGUAUGGAGAUAUUUCAAUUUAUCAGAUGAGGAAAUUAAAAAAGUAUUUUCUAUUACAUUUGGUAAACCAGAUGAAUUUUUACAUUUAUUUGUUGUUAAUGAUGAAUAUUUAGAAAGUUAUUUGAAAUUUUUAAUUGAAAAUUGUAAGACUUUACCAAAUGAAAAAGCCAUAUUUCAUAGAUAUUUUGAAUAUCAUUUAGAAAAAUAUUAAUUAUAUUAUAAAGAUGAGAGUAAAAUUGCUAUUAGAGAUACAUAAUUAUAAAGUAAAGAAUAAGGAAUUAUGAAAUUAUUGGAAAACUAAGAGAAUGAAAAGAAAUAUGAUAAAAAUCAUUUAUUAGUAUUGUUCAAAAUGUACAAUUUUGUUCCAGGUAUUAUUUUUUUAUUGAAAAAAUUAUAAAUGAGAGAGGAAUUAUUAAAUUUUUAUAUAAGUUUGAAAGAGAAUAAUUAAAUUAUUAAUUUAUGUAGUGAUUAUGGUAGAGAAGAAACAAAUCUUUGGAUAUAAGCAUUAAAAUAUUUUGCUAAACCUGAGAAUGGUGCAGAAAAUUAUAUUGAAAAAGUUUUAGUUUUAGUGAGUAGUUUAGAAAAUCUUUCACCUUUACUUAUUUUAAAUAUCUUAUCUAAAAAUAAAAAUGUUAAUUUUAAAUUAGUCAAGAAUUAUUUCACUAAUAAAAUAUCAAAAGAUAAAAAAUAAAUUGAUGAUUGUCAAAAAGUUGUUAAAGAAAAAAUGAAGAAAGCUGCUGAUUUAAGAGCUGAAUAUAAAAAAUUAAAAACAUAAGCUAAAGUAUUCCAAUCAACUAAAUGUAAUUGUUGUGAUGCCAUAUUGAGUUUACCUUCUUAUCAUUUCCUUUGUGGUCAUUCUUAUCAUGAACAUUGCAUUCAUACGUAUAAAAAUAUUUAUAGUAUAUUUCUAGUGAAAGAGCAUGUCUCCUAUGUCCAUAAGAUACAUAGAUGUUUUUCAAAAGAAAAUAAGAAUUUAUUGAAGCAUCAAAGGAAACAAAACCAUUCAAAGAAAAACUAUAUGCAGCAGCAGAUAAAUUUGAUGUUAUAUGUGAAUAUCUAGGAUAGGGUAUAAUUUCAAAUUAAAAGGCUGAUUGA